AUGCAGGCUCUCGAAGCCGCCUCGGAAACCGCCGGCGUCAGCACCGAUGCCCUGAUGGAAAACGCCGGCCUGGCCUGCGCCCUCCGCAUUCGCCAACGCAUGGGUGGAGCUGCCGGUCGCCUGGUCCUGGUCCUGGUCGGACCCGGCAACAACGGCGCCGAUGGGCUGGUCGUGGCCCGGCACCUACGCCGGUGGGGCGCCGACGUGUGCUGCUAUAUCGUCCGCGGACGGCCCGCCGAUGAUCCAAAGAUGACCGACGCUCUGGCUUACGGCGUGGCGGUUGUCGACUCCUCGGAAGACCACGGCCGGCCCAACUUGGGCCGGCUUUUGGGCAGCUGCCAUCUGGUCGUCGACGCAAUCCUCGGCGCUGGUCGCUAUCGUCCCUUGGAUGGCCUGGUCGGGGAUGUCACUGUCCUCGUCAAUAGUAUCCGUUCGGACCGGCCGGAUCUCUCCGUCGUCGCGGUGGACUUGCCUACCGGUGUCAACCCGGACACUGGCGCCGCCGAUCCGCGCGCCAUCGUCGCUGACGAGACCCUGGCCCUGUGCCACCCCAAGCACGGCAUCGCCAAUUUCCCCGGCGCUGGCCUCGCCGGCCGGGUCACCGUACUCGAAAUCGGGCUGCCCGCUGUGGUAUCCGCGGCGGCCGAUGCUGACCUUCCCACCGAAUGGAUGACCCCGGCGUCAGCCCGUGCCCUCAUUGCCGACCGGCCGCUCGUUUCCCACAAGGGUACCUUCGGUCACCUCAUGAUCGUGGCCGGCUCACGCAAUUUCGUCGGCGCGGCCUCUCUCGCCGCCCAAGGUGCCCAUCGCGUUGGCGCGGGCCUCGUCACGCUCGCCGCUCCAGAUUCGGUUUAUCGUCUCGCCGCGUCUCGCCUCACCGAGACCAUCCACCUGCCCCUUCCCGAGGAUGCUGACGGGCGUAUCGACCCGUCCGCUGCCGACGUCAUCCUUGAGCGACUCAACAACUACUCAGCUUUGGCAGUGGGUUGCGGUUUGGGUUUGUCCGACGGUACCGCGACCCUCAUCGAACGUCUGUUGUUGCUGGGCGAAAACCCGCCCGCUCUGCCAACCGUCAUCGACGCCGACGGGUUGAACAACUUGUCACAAUGCGCCGAUUGGGACAAAAGGUUGCGCGCCCCCACAGUGCUGACUCCUCACCCCGGGGAGAUGACAACCCUCACCGGACGCCCCACCGUAGAGGUCCAGGCCGACCGUUUGGAAAUCGCCAGCCAGUCGGCGAAGGGUUGGCGGCAAACGGUACUGCUCAAAGGGGCCCACACCGUCGUCGCUUCCCCAGGCGGUCAACGCUGCAUCCUUCCUUUCGCCAAUCCGGCCUUGGCCGCCGGCGGGACCGGUGACGUACUCACUGGGGUCAUCGGCGGGCUGUUGGCCCAGGGCGUCGCCCCCUAUGACGCCGCGCGGCUUGGCGGUUUCCUUCACGGCACCGCCGCCGACCGGGUUCGGUCGCAACGCGGCGAUGCUGGGGUCGUCGCCAGCGAUCUGCUGGAUCACUUGCCCGCCGUGAUCGCAGAUCUUCGCGGGCCGCGAGCGACCCGUGUUUAG